UCCUAGACCCACGAAUACAUCAGGCUUUUCCCUCCUCCGUCAACCUAAAUUCCAAUGAGGUCAUAGCAAUGAGAGAGAGUCGGAUCAAGAGAGAGGGGGAGGAAGAGGACGACGACGAGGGAGAAGAAACCCAGACGGAAAGAGGCCAUCAGACAAGGUCGCUUUUUCUGGCGACACGGAGACUGCGAGGAGCGUGGUGCUGAAUACCAUCCGCCGGCUCCGCCAGGGGACCAAGAGACUCGUAGAAGCACUUUGCUUUACCACGAAAACAAAGGAGCGGAGGCGAGAGGGAGAGGCAGAGGGAAGCUCUGAGCAGCCCCCCUUGGAUCUCCGGGAAGCAAAGCUCAUUCUCCUCGGCAAGGAAAGAGAAGGGACCCGGAAAGGUCCGGGAGGCUAAAAAGGAAUAGGGUUUCCCUGCGGAGAUUGGGACACGGCAGAACUCUGGACAGCGCCUCUUGAGCGCGGGUUUGCUCCCAGGGCUCCCCAGGUCUGAAGCUCCUUGAAAGCCCUGCUACCGAUGUGAUCCUUUCUGGACUCUGACCACCAAGCCCAGGAAGAUCCAUCCAGGAUCCCUGUCUGAGCGUACCAGUGGGUGGAGCAGUUCUUUCGUCUCUGACCAAGACAGGGGAGAGGGUCUCGGUUCUGGAAAUCCAGUCCUUGCGGAUAAUGUUUCGCUGGUGAAGAAAGAAAAGUUUUAGGAUCUGGUAGGGGGUGGAAGGGGUAAGGAGGAUCGUGGAAGAAAGAAGGCGGAUGGUUGGUUUUCCUCUCUGAUCUGGAAGGAAUGAUGACCCAGGAAGGAUGUGCACCAGCGGCCAGAUUAUUGGGAGCCUCUUGGUGCUUUCCGUGCUGGAGAUAGGGCUGGGGGUAUCCAGCGUGGCCGUGGGGGCGGUCAGCUUCAGCCUGGCCCUCCGAGAGCACAAGCCGCAGCUAGGAGACUCGUCCCCGGUAUGGAGCGGGGUGUGUUUUCUUCUCUGUGGCAUAUGUGGGAUAUUGUGUGCCAAAAAAAAAUCAGGACUUGUCAUGAUCCUCUUCUCAGCCUGCUGUAUCUGUGGGCUCAUUGGGGGCAUCCUGAAUUUUCAGUUCCUUCGGGCAGUCACAAAGAAGACCUCAUCCCUGUAUCCUCUGCAUCUCGCCUCCAUGUCCCUGGCGUGCAUUGGGAUUGGGGGCUGCACCCUGUCUUCCUGGCUCACUUGCCGACUAGCCAGCUAUGAGCAGAGGAGGAUGUUCUCGGAAAGGGAGCAUUCCCUGCAUCACUCUCAUGAAAUGGCUGAGAAAAGAUUGAGGGCUAUUGAAAUAACCGACUUGCCCAGCUGCCCGGUGGUGCCCCCGACACCAGAGUUACCUACAAGGAAGUGACAGACAACAUGAGCAAUGGAGGACCACAACUGAUAUUUAAUGGAAGAGUAUAAUCAAUGUUUUUAGGAUGUUCAUGGGGCAAGGAGAUAUCAAGGGACUAGGAGAUAAAAUUAAAACAGUUCUUGUAUUUGCUUUUCUCUCUCCUGAACAUCCACUAAAAUUAUUCUUCAUCAAUUUUAUCUCACUUAUUCUUCGACCAUUUUUAUGCAGUGAAAACCUUUCCAGAAAUGCUCUAGUUUGAUCAUUUCAUCGUACUUUACAGAUUGUUCUGAAGAAGAAUUUUCAGGAAAAAAAAAAUCUACAUAAAACAGAAAUAAAAUUCAUAUUCUACACAAACAUUUGACUAGCAUGAGUAUUAGAUUUGUAAUUACAUAUUUCCUAUUGAGUAAUUAAAAAGUGAAAAUAACAAAAAAUACCAAUAACUUAUUGAUGUCUUUGUUUUGAAAGACGAUGGCUUCAAGAAUGCCACAAUUCAAAACCUCAGCAAUGCCUUGUUACAACAACAUUGUAAUUAUUUUCAAUUUGUGAAUGAACUAUAUUUCAUAACUUACUUGUAAACUAUAAAAACCCUAAAACAUAAAGAAGAGAAAUUUUUAGAAAGAGAAUAUUAAUCUGUAUGCUAUUUUUGCAUUUUUGCACAUGAGUGAAAAGUUAUAAGUGAAUACCAUAUGAGAAAAAUGUUUUGAUCACACUGUGCAGAUUAAUCUGCAUGUUCACAAAUGAGUUAAUAAAGUGUGUAUGUGUGUAUAUACUGUAAAUACAGAACAUAUAUCCAGCAUAUAUUUAUAGCUACAUGAAUGUAAACAGAUAGUAGAAAAGAAAUUGUGAUGCUGUGGGGUAUUUCAACACAGAUGGCAAGGUAAUUGCUCAAGGUUUUUCUAUGCCCACAAAAUCACAUAUUUAAUUUCAACUAAAAUUUUCCAUUUUUUUUCUUCAUAUCUGUUGUAUGUAUAUAACUUUGUGACUGAUAUUUAUGGAGCUCUGUGAUCUGAAUACAGUAUUAUAAAGAUAGAUUACUUAGUUUUUUGGCUAUUUUACUAUGAUCAUAGUACUUAUGUAAUAAUAAUUUCAAGAUUGAUUUAUAAUAAUAAUGUCAAACCAUAUCUUUCAUUUUUAUAAACAAAGGCAUUACAACUUAGGAUUACUUGUGAUAGAUCUCAAACACAAUUAAAUUAUACAGAAAACAGAUGAUGUAUCCUUCCGCAGUCUCCCCUUUAAAAACAAAAUUACAAUCAGCUUUGCUAUCCUUUAUUAAGGUGUUUUCUUUUUCUUCCUUUUAUUUAUCUAUUUAUUUAUUUUGCAGUACUGGGGAUGAAACCCAGGGUUUCAUGCAUAUCAGGCAAAUGCUCCACCACAGACUUACAGACCCACCCCUUUUUCUCUAUUCUCUUUUAUAAUGGGAAGAUAUGUAUCCAAAGGCUCUGAAGGAAAUAAAAAUAUGAAUGACAUUCAUAUAGCUACAUUCAAUACUUCUCUUCCAUAAUGGAAUGGUAAAAUAGCAACCAAUAUUGCAUAUGGGCAAGAAAAUAUUGUGGUCGUUGAGAAUAUAAACUCUGACAGAAAAUGAAGAAAUCUAAUGUUUUUAAAUAAAUAACACACUAUAUUGUAUAUUUUUAUUACUUCCCAACAUGUAUCAAUUUUUGUCAUUUUUUAUGAGUUACUUACUGAACCAUAGGUAAAAUUAAAAUCUUUACUAUCCAGCAUAAGAAUAUGUUGUAAUUUAUAAGGAAGAUAAGGGUUUUAAUUGUGCUAAAAAUAAUAAUUUGAUUUAAUGUACACCUGAAGGCUUUUAGUUUUAUAGCAACAUGAUUAUCAUUUAAACUGUUUAAAUUAGUUCCUUAAAAAAUUCUCUUUAUCAACUCAACAGUAACAACUGGACUCUAGUUUGAUAUAGUUUAUGAAGUUUCCCAACUCAUUGAGAUAACUUCAGUAUCUGAUAGAUUACACAUGUUGUCCAUAAAUGCAACCUCAAAUAGUGAAUCAACAUCAUCACAGUUCAUUUGAUGCCAAAAUUGGGCAUGGUUUUGUCACUGAAAAUCUGAACUAUAAAUGCAGAAAUUUUGUGUGUGUGCAGUUCUACUGAAUUUAUGCAAGGAUAUAGUUUUGUACAGAAAGAAAUAAACCACUGACACUAAUUUUUGGUGGCAUUUCUCUGUAGACAUGUUUGUACAAUACAGAAUUAUAAUACAUAAGUAGGUCAUUUUAACGCCUUUAAACUACUUCAUAAAACCACACAUUAAAAGACAAAAAUAGUAUAUCACUGCUUUGACAUAGAGUUAAAAAAAAUUGCAGUCAUCACAGUUAUCCAAAUAGUACAGAAUUAUGUUUAACCAAGUAUAGCUAUAUAUUUAAAUGCAAUUAUUUCAAUGCAAUGUUUUCAAGGCUCUGUGGAGUGAUAUAAUGUUUUCAAGGCUCUGUGGAGUGAUUUACUUUGGAUGUAUAAUGAUUCUUGAGAUAAGUAGGGGAAAUUAAAAAGACACUGUUCAAAUAAUUGAAGACUUAGUUUUGACAAUACAUUGACUAUGAACUAGUUUUUUAAGUGACUAUAGUUUUAGUAUGAGCCCAUUCAUGGGGGAAAGUAAUGUGAUAAAUAAAUUAGAAAAAAAUAUGUUAAAACAAUGUGGGGAUGUGGUUUGAAUACAAACCAGUGGAGUUAUUAUUAGCAUAAAAGAAUAAAAGUGGACUCUCCUUGAAAAUUUUAAAAACAUUUGUAUGCAUAUAUGUGUGUGUGUACACUCACACAAAAAGGUUUUGAAGUGGAAAGUGGUAUGAUUGUAGAUGCAUCUAUGUAAUAAAA